CAUUCAUUUACAGCUCGUCUUUAAAUGAAUGCAGUUAUCUGGUCCCCAUUAAAGGGAGAGAACUCGUCCGGUCUUGUUGCUUCAACCACGUGUUGUGCGUGACGUCAUAAUUAAAUCUGAUGUCAUCGAGACCUUGCGCGUUUUCAAUCCUUUUCCUCGAGGAAUUCAAGCAGGAAGGUCGACAUUUUGCUUUUUCUUACAAAUUAAUUUGAAAUUGAUUUAAGAUUUAUUUAUUGAAUAAGAUUUCUUUCUACUUUUAAUGGUAGAUUUAUAUUGAAUAUCUACUAAUUUCAUAAAUUAUAUCUUGAUCUUGUUGUGUACUGUAAAUAUCGAUAAUUAUUGAUACUUGAUCAGCAGGAAUGCUAGAUAUAGAACUACAUGUUACAGUAGGUUUAGUCUGGAGGCUCUCUAUCUAUUAACGGAGAUAAGAUAUAUUCGACAUUGCAUUUUCUUUUAGCCGCUAGAUCUAUAUUGACUGAUAGUUAAUAAUUUACUUAUUAGAUCUAAUUUUUUAUUUCUUGAGAAAAUGCCUCGGCGUAAGAGGAACUGUAAAUCUACAUGGAAGACGCGAGGGCAGACUAGGUCAGCCACAAGAUCAAGAGGGAGACGGUCCCAUCAGAUUGAAUUCUCCAUGCAACCCAUUGUAGAGCAGCCGGCUGUAGUUCAGUCUAAUGCAACAACAACAAAUUAUGCAGCAGUAACUCAGGACCAAGGUCAAAUCAAUCAGUACUAUCACACUAAUCAGAACGAUUAUGUGAAUACGUCAUCUGUACAGAACCAAUGUCAUUAUUCGUCACAUACCCAUGUCCCAGGGGUGUUGGGACAACAGUCGCUCUAUCAUUCAAAUUCAGUGAAUACGUCAUCUGUACAGAAUCAAGGUCAUUACUCGCAGCUGGCUAAUUGUGUAGUACCAGCCUCAGUUGUACCAGUAACACAUACCCAUGUCCCAGGGAUGUUGGGACAACAGUCGCUUUAUCCUUCAAAUUCAAUGCAAGUGCCAUAUACACAGCAUUGUCAGGGAGCUGUUCCUUCAACGGCCUCGGUAUCGGAAGGAUUUGAUUCAACUUCACAAGGCUUGCAGAUGUCUCCUGCUGGAGGAAUGUUCGAGUCACCUGUGGUUGGGCAGCCCCCGAUGGUACAUGAAACAUCAGGUCCUCCCGAGGUAUGGGUUAUAGGGUCUUCGAUUAUCCGAGAUGCCUACUAUUAUUCCAUCGAAAACAAGGGUCACAACCUUGGAUUGGAUCUCAAAAUAGUUUGGGAUUUAGGUCAGGUAUGAAGGUUCAACAUCUGGCAAACACCAUACAGCACUUAGCACUGAAAUAUAUGAAAUACCCUGAUAUGCUUAUCAUUCACUGUGGUGGGAAUGAUAUUGGACAGACACCCUUAAAUGAGGCCGAGCUUUUAGCAAUACGCACAUUGAAUGAUGUACACCAGUUAGGUAUUCAAAAUGGGUUUUAUAUAAAGAUUGUCUGGUCGCAAAUUCUUCCACGUAUGUUUUACCGUGGUGAACGUAGCCACUUUAAGUUGAACAAGGCACGAAGGCGCUUUAAUACAACACUUCAAUCAUUUUGUAAAACAAUUGGCGGUGCCUAUAUUCGACAUCAAGACAUAGUGGAAGCCCAGCCUCUUUUUCGGGAUUUGGUUCAUUUGUCAGAAUUUGGUAAUGAAAUAUUCACCAAUGAUUUAAAAGAGGGUAUUGUUGCUAUUUUGCGACAUAAC